UUCCCCUAGGCAAAAACGCAAACCCACGGCAAGGAAAGAACACCAACACUCGGGGUGUUAGUGGUGUAGUGUGAAAAAUCAACCUUUGCUAUCCGUUGCGUUCUGCUCCGAAAUAAAAACCGUGAUCCGUAAUGCAAAGCAUGCCCGUGCGGGUGGUGAUCAGUCGUUAAACUAUGUACACAGUCGUUAUAAAACCAACCAAAGAAGAAAAUGAAUUGCCAUCAGAUUCUCAGUGGUGCCUGUAAUGCAGGCGAUCGUUGUUUUGCUGUCGGAUCCGUCGAGGGUGUUCCUUUCACAGCAUACGCGGCAGGAUGUAAUAUUGUGGUGCUAGCGAGCAACUUCGAGCGAGUGCAGAUCAUUCCCGGUGCGGUGCACAACUACAUUCGCAUCUCGGCAUUAGAUGCCAGCACCGAUACGGGAAAGAUAGCGGCCGCGUACGAGGACAAGGUAUGCAUCUUCGAACCAACGCCUCUAAUCCACACGGAAAGGGCGUCAACGCACGGAUUGGAGUACAAAUGGGUGCAAACCGGAAGCUUGCAGGCAGCGUCCCAUAUUAGUUCGCUUUCGUGGAAUCUCGAGGGAACGCGUCUGUUGACGGGAGGGACCGUAUUGCAGCUGUGGCACGAACGCCUAUCCAAGCAGGAUGAUGACGAGCCGGGCUCGGUUAAAUUCGAAAUCGGAGGAGAGCGUGAUCCCAAAACGCCUACCGGUGAGGAGGAAGCCGAUAGCAGCUCGUGGGAUUGUGUUUGGAAAUGUCACACCGCAACGCCGGUCCAUCAUAUGGCGUUCAGCCCGGAUGGUACGCUGUUCGCUACUUCCGGCAAAAGCGAUCGCUUGGUGAAGGUGUGGUACGAGAACAAAUACACCUUGUUUCCCAACAAAAGCUUCGACCAGUCACAGUCCCAAAGCUUUGCGGGUGCACCGGAAAUUAGCUAUGGGUUUGUGUACGUCGCGCAUCCGCGUGCCGUUACGCACCUGUCGUGGCGCAAGACGAGCAAGUACAUGCCGAAAGGCUCGGUGUCGAACAUGUUGGUCACGUCGUGUCUGGAUAAUAUCUGCAGAAUCUGGGUAGAGACGGUGCUGCCGGAGGAUGGGCUGGUGAACAUGAACCAGUUUGAUCCGCUGGCAUCGCAAAACCCAAAGUUCCGCACUCAUCGGCACAAGCAUCGGUUCAUGCAACGGUUGAAGCACAUGAAAACAUGCUUCCACAUACGCCGCCAUGCGAAACACAGCACCGGUGGACCGAACGGUCUGAACGGGAUGGGACCGGGCUUUGGUGGACCGGGAGCUAGCUCUGGGUUCGGCAAUGCGCCGAUCCCGACGCUACCCUCGACGUACAGUGUGCACGACUUCCAUUCGUACGGCUACCAUGGAACGGGCAUGAGAUCCGGGCUGCACUUUCACCUAGCCGCGUCGAUAAACGCCGAAACGGACAUACCGCUGGUGCCGUCGAUGCACACAACCGACCCUUCCACGCAGCCCAACUUCAUACUGCACUGGCUGAACAACAAGGAGAUGCACUUUACGCUGCAAGCGGAAGGGAUCCUACAGGAGAUGACGCGCAAGGUGAUCGAGAAGGAGGAGAUGCAAAAUGCCUCCGGAAGCAAUAGUGAGGGUGGGGGAGGAGUCGGCGCGAACGACCCCGGUGGAAGUCUGCUGAUGGAGGACGGUUCCAUUACCGAUCACCACCGAAAGGGGCAGCUUAGAAGCGCACUGUCCCAGGAGGAGAGUAACAGUAGCGAGGAACAUCCACCAAUGCAUUCGCAGCAUCGUUCGCAUUCGAUCGGAGCGGGCUCACAUGUCGGGCUGCCCAGCCAUCAUUCGCUUUCGAACACCACGUCCAUCAAUUCGCUAGCGAACGAUGGUAAUCUGCACGUAACAGAUUCGCUGGAUAUGAAGAUCGAUUGCUUGCUCCGUGACUGGCAGCACAGCCCGGAUCUGCUGUUCUCGAUUCAUCCGAUCGACGGCAGCUACUUGAUUUGGGUGGUGGAGUGGCUGGACGAGUAUCAUCCGGGUUCGUACCGCCAGGCGCAGGUUUCCUUUUCCACGCGCAUCCCGUCGGCUUUCCCGCUGGGAGACGCAAUGUCGAUGUCCACGACGGUUGCCCUUUACAAUACCGGCGGCAAUUUGGGCUUCCGAGAUAUGAUCAUGCGCGGGCCGAAAUCGUCAUGCGGUGCAGGGGGGCUGAGCAAUGCCGGACAGCUGGAUGUUGUUAGCGAUGUGGUUACGUCGCUUCCGAGCGUGAUGGAGGAAAAUGAGGCCAACGAAGAUGAUAAUGCCGAGCAGGCCAGCAAUGCGGAGACGGAAGAUCGCGGAGGCGAGGAGACUGGUGACCACCACGCUUCCAAAAAGGACCACACUGGGGCGGACGGUGCAGCACUCGAGCAGGCCGAUAUUUUAACCGCUCCACCAUCGCCCACCAUAUCGAUGGUCACAAAGCAUUCGAACGGAACGCUCAACCUGUGGCAGCUGACUUUUGCCGAUCGAAGCAAGUUUUCGCAGGUGCUCAGUAUUGGCCACGCCUCGCGUGCCUCCGGUCACCGGUUCCGGGUGAAUGACAUCACUUGCCAUCCAGUGCUGCCGCUAUUGCUGACGACGUCGCACCACAACAUACCGGAAAUACCGACGGGCGAGCCGGCGCAGCCCGGAAGCGGCACGGGCAACCGUUCCGCGGGAAUGCAUCGCUCCAAGGAUGUGUGCGCCCCGUCUGGAUUCUGCUCUGAAUUGAUACUGUGGCGCGUAGAUGCCGUUGGACCACUGUCGCAGUCGGGUGGGGUGAGCGAACUCGCGCGCAUCAAUUCGCCGGAAAUAUCUGCGUUCAGUAACGUCGCCUGGAUACCGACCCUGCUUCCGAGCACAACGCUCGGCAAUCUGAGCAACUCACCGUCAGCCUGCUUUGUGGCCAGCGACGGGGAGUGCUUGCGGGUGUAUCAAGCCGUGAUCGAUGCCCGCACGCUGCUGGCCGAGAUAUCGAGCUCCGAACGACGCUGCCGUAGGAUGGACUCGCUGAUGUCGCUCUCAACCGAGUCUUCGGAGAAUGCUGGAAUGUUGCCUCCCAUAUUGCACGACAAAAUAAAGAUCGUUUCGCAGCAAUCAACCGCCCGGCCCGGGUGCAUCAUACAGCUGGAUGCGAUCGACGAUGCGACCCAUGAUUGGCAGAACACACAGUUUUUGCACGUGUUUCAGGAGCAGCUAAUCACGGGAGAGCGCACGGAAUCGAUGGAUCCGUUUGCUGGCGCGAACACCACACAUCCAGCUGGAUCGAGCAUCGAUGCGGAUGGGCUAAACCCGGACCUAAAGCCUACCAUUGGAUUGAUGGACGGUGGUAUGGGGGCGAUGGUGGAUCUGCAGCGCAACGCCCAGUUCGAGCAGCCGUUCUAUCUCGUGGUGCUGGAGCGUACACAGAACGGCACUACGCUGCACAUGUGGCGCAUCGUAAUUGCCUCACAGCCGGCAGCGGCCGAUGAAAUGAGCAGCAGCAUGAUGUACGUGCCGGACAGUAACCUUGUGCAGGAUUUGGACGAUCCGGAGAAUCUUCACCGGCCUUCGGUAGUGCCGGACGAUUUGCCCAAGAGUGCUGGCCAUCAUCGGGCACCGCUCGAUCAUGCCUCGCACGUUAACAUUUCCACAACGAAAGUUUGCACCCAGGAGCUACCACUACCGGACGGCGUCGAUGUCAUCCAUGCUGCACCGGCCGCCGGUCAUCUGAGCUCGUCCUCGAUUUAUCCAGCCUGUUUUGCGCCGUACAUAAUCGUUACCGCGUGCUCCGAUUCGACGGUGCGCUUUUGGAAGUGUAAAAGCACAACGCGCAAGGAGGGCGUCAAAGGUGCCGGUGAGAGUGAGAGCAGCCAGGUGCCCCAUUACGAGUGGUGUGAGUGGGAAAUGAUCCGCAAAGAUCAGGAAUCUACGAUCGAUGUGAACGGGCAGCUGCUGCACAUAAGUGCGGCUUACUCCGGGCGAAUUGCUUGCGCGUACAAGUACGGCAAAUCGUUUACGCGACCCACGAAGAGCAGCGAUCCGGAGACGCGCUUCGUCAACCUGAGUGUGGCCAUCUACGAGUGCGAGUCAACGGGUGGCAGCGAGUGGGUGCUUGAAGAUACUAUACACCUGAAAAAUAUUCAUCUGCCUCGCAUUCAGGUGGACCAUAACUUGGAUUUAAGCUACCUGUACGACACGCGCACACUGCAGAAAAAGCAACGCCUCAAUCAGGUACUGCACACCCUCUCCCAUGACGAUGCCAGGUCGCCGCGGUCGGUGAAUGGCGACGUUACGCCGGAGGCACUGGCGAAACCGGGCACGGGUCUGCUGGCCGUACCAAGCUUCAGCACGCUGCAGUCGCUGCGGAAAAGCAUCACCGAGCACGGUAAUACGUGCCCGAUCACCCAAAAGCAUCUCGUGCAGCUGGACUGGGUUUCCAAGGAGGAUGGAUCGCACAUUCUUACCGUUGCCGUUGGCAGCAAAAUCCUACUCUUCACCCCCGUUAGCAGCGAUCUGGCGCAGUCGAACAUGAAAGCGAUGAAGGAAUCGCAAUCGACGAACCGGCCGCUACUACGCAAGGCUAGCUCGUUGGCGCAACCACAUUUCAACGACGAAAUUCGCUGGAUGAAGCUACGCCAGAUCGAGCUCACGACGGCCGACGGUCUGCCCCCCCUACCGAUGCAGAUCUCCUGGGUGCGGGACGGAAUCUUCGUCGCCGGGAUGGACUCCGAGAUGCAUGUGUACUCGCAGUGGAAGCCGCAGAGCAACAGCCUGUACAACGUGAACCCGCAGCUCGACAUUGACGACAUGUACGAUACGCGCAACCUAAAGGAUGAGGACCUUCGCUCGAUGGCGCAGGACAGCACCCAGCGCCGGCUGGCAAACGUGUCCUCGAUGCCGGUUCUGUCUCGCGUCAGCUCCAUCAAUCUUAACCAGAUGCUAUCGUCGGCAGAUACGAAGAAGAAGAAAACACUUGCUGCGGCUAGCACUGGGCAGAUAGGUGCGGUGGCGGCCGCUGCAGCUGCGGCCGAUCAGCAGCAGCAACCUGGCCAUCACGAUUACAUGACCGACUAUGGGCUGUUCGAGGCUUCGCGCAUUGCCUGCCCGGUACUGCCACAGUACCAUCCGAAACAGUUGAUGGAGCUGCUGAACUCGGGCAAAAUACGUUGGGUUAAAGCGAUCCUAGCCCAUCUUGUUCGUUGCAUCAGCGGUUCCUAUACGGUGCGCGGAUGCGGAGGAGACGAGGAAAGUCUCAACCGACAGCGUGGUUGGUCUAGAACUCGCACUCUUUCCAUUAGCUGCCCGGCAGGCACCGUUAGUCCUCUUGAACCAAGAGGAUCGACGACACAGAUUCCAGAGGAGCUAACGCUAGACUAUGCGGAAAUUACAUCCAUUCCUCCAUUGCCCUUGUGGACUCUGCUGGCAGCAGACAAAGAAUCGACCAGUAGCAAUUUGCAGCAAAAUGACGAAGUGAAGGAUUACAAUGAACUGUUCGAAAGCAACACGGCGGACGAAUCGCUUGAUGAUUUGCUGGACGAUGAAAGUGGCGGUGGUGAGACGAAUCGCCACAUGGAUCGACGUUCCUCGCUGCCCGAAAAGCACUUCCUUUCCCAUUUCGGUCCCCGCCAAGGGCAGCUGCUUUCACGAUUGCUGACCCACACCCAUCUGCCCGGACUGUCGUCGCUCGAUCAGAUGCAUCUGCUCGCGCUGGCAGAUACAGUAUCUACGUGCAACAUUGACUUUGCGGAGCGGUUUGCGAUCGAUGCUGCCAAAACGGCGAUCGCGAAGGAAAAUUUGACCGGCGUGCCGAACACGGAGAACAUUUCGACCGAUUCGCUGGACGACUGCGGGCUUCGAUUUUUGCUUGCAAUGAAACAUUACAACUAUUUGCUGCGAUGUUUGCCGAUUUCACAGCGCCAUUCGUUCCAGAAGCAGGGCGUCGGGACGUCCAACAUCGUUUGGGCAUUCCACUCGGAGAGCGAGGAAGAGCUGCUGAAUCUAAUCCCAUCGUACGUCAAAGGCCAACCGAAGUGGCACGUGCUGAAGGAGCUCGGCGUCGGAUGGUGGCUGCGAAAUAACAACCUGCUGCGCCAGUGCAUCGAACGCCUGGCAAAGGCGUCCUUCCAGGCCAAUCAGGAUCCGCUCGAUGCUGCCAUCUACUAUAUGGCGAUGAAAAAAAAAUCAGUCGUAUGGGGACUGUAUCGUUCGAAAAGGGAUGAAAAGAUGACUGCGUUCUUUGCGAACAAUUUCGCCGAGGAUCGCUGGCGCAAGGCGGCAUUGAAGAAUGCAUUCGCACUGCUAGGAAAGCAGCGAUUCGAGCACGCUGUUGCGUUCUUCCUGUUGGCAAACUCGCUCAAUGACGCGCUGGAAGUUUGCUUAACGAAGCUGGAAGAUUUGCAGCUCGCCUUGGUGAUUACGAGACUGUACGAAGGAGAGCACGAUGCCACGCCGCCGAGCUUCAAGAAGCUACUGUACGAAGAGGUAUUGGGAUGCGACAAGAACGGUGAAAAUCAGGACCUCAGCCGUGCGCAUCCGGAUCCAUUCUUGCGCUCCAUGGCACUUUGGAUAUUGAAGGACUACUCCGGUAGCUUGAGCACGUUGCUGGACAGCCAGAUCGGUAGCAUGCAUCCCCUGUUCGACGACGAAAGUGCCGCUCUUGGCAGUGCCUCCCAUCAUGACGCCGGUCAUUCGACAAACCCGAACGUGUUCAACUUUUACGUCUACUUGCGUACCCACCCACUGCUCAUUAGGCAGCACAUAGCCUCCUCGGCACAGGACAAGAAGAGAGCACAGGUCGUCAUUGCAGGCUUCAGCUACGGCGAUACUAGCACUGUGUCGGGCGGGUUAGCCACGGAUAAGCAGAUUCAGCUUGAGGACUCCAUUACGCCCCUGGAACGGCAGCUUUACUUCACCACUGCCCACGCUCACUUCAAGGCAGGCUGCCCAGCCUUGGCACUGGAGGUGCUGAGCAAAUUGCCGACCAAGGUGAUUGAGCAGGAAACGAGCAAUGUGCAAAGUCCCGCCAGCGGACUCGACGCAAAGGACCAGAGUACACUCAUUGCAACAGGUACCUUAGACUGGAGUAACGAAACCAGUGGCAAAGAAACGGCCACAUCGUUUGAUUGGGGUGCCAGUACGGGUAACAGCACAGCCAUGGACUGGGGAGCACCGGUGUCGACACAGCUCAAUGGUGGUGAAGAUGAGUUUAAGAUCGUAUGGGAUGAUGACGGUGCGGCUGCCGGCGAUGACUGUGAGAGCAGUGAUGACGAUGGAGGCAUACAGAUAAAGAAAAAACCAGAACCGGACAGCCUGCCGCUCAAUAAGAACACCGACACAGAGUUCGAAGAUGGCGGUUCUGCCGGCGGUGGCAGUCUGGACAUAAUGGCACAGCAGCUCAAGUUUAUCGCGUGUUUAAAGAUACUAAUGGAGGAGCUUUCAACACUUGCGACCGGCUUUGAGGUGGACGGUGGACAACUGCGGUACCAGCUGUACGUGUGGUUGGAGCGCGAGGUAGAAGCUUUGAAGCAGCUGUGUAACUACAGCACCGGCGACUCGGAAAAUACCGCCAUUGAAGACACAACGACGAACGCAGAAGCGGUGGAUCGCGAUACUCCCGUGCUGGCCAACAAAUUCCAGCACGAUAAACCAACCCUGCAUGAGAUCCUAAUCCAGGAGAAGCAGGACUUCGAAGCAAAGGUGCAAAGGGCGGCGAGACGCAAACGCUGGCUGAAGGCUAACGAAACAUUGUUGCGAACGUUGCUAAGCUACUGCUCACUGCACGGUGCUAGCGGUGGCGGUUUAGCUUCGGUUCGCAUGGAGCUAGUGCUGCUGUUGCAAGAGCUGCAGCAGGAGAAAACGCAGCAACAGCUGCUGAGCCCGUUGCCAUUCCCGACCACUCUGCCGCUGCUGAGUGCGUGCGUUGCCGGUAAUAAAACAGUCAUCGCAGAUCCGCUGCGCUAUCUCCAAUCGCACACGCACGAUAUGCUACAAACGAUGGUCAACAUGCGUACACCACCGCACAUGAACCGCGCGUACACGUUUCCGAGCGGUAUCUUCGUCCUGCGUGAUCUUGCCGUCGCGCUUUCCGCUUGCAUCUACCAAUCGCUGUGCGACUCGGACACGUUCAGUGUAAAGCAGUCGUCCUCGUCGAUCGACGGUGGUAGCCAGGGUUGCCACAGUCCCGGCAUGGAGACGAUUGCGAAACUGAACGCAAGCUGCCAGAGCACGCACCUGAUGGCAAACGCGGCCGCUCAUCAGCGACGUCGCAAGUAUUCGACCGAUGAACCGCUGGCGGUGAGCACACCGCCCUCCAAAUGGCCCGGCGUGACAAACCUGCGAGCGCUGUUGGCACGAGAGAAGGACGAAGAUACACCGCGGCUGAACGUGCUGCUGUGCGAGUCGUUUGUGGCCGCUUAUAUGGCGCUGUUCGUGUACGCUCUGACCACGUGCGAUUGUCACAUCCUGUACCGUCUAGCCGGGCAGAACUUCUGCGACAGCUCCUGGUCGACACUGUUCGGCGGUGGCGUUAAGAAGCUGUUGCGCAAGGCUACCUCGCACGCGCAAACGGCCCAGACCGUUCAGGCGCAGAUGCAGCAGGAAAGCAUGGAGGGUUCUGCCGAGGCUGGAGCUAGUAGUGCGGAAGGUAGCGUCUGGGGUGCGGUAACAUCGCUUACGAAGCAUCGGGUGAAGCUAAAUAUGAAACUGCUGGGACCGUUCGCUGGACCCCAGGGUGCAUCGAACAUGAAGGAGGACAAACCCACGUAUCGGGAGCAGUUCGUGUCACCGGAAAUGUCUAUGGUGUCGUACUUCCUUACGAAACCGAUUCCCAAGGGACUGGGGGCGGACGAAGAGGAGUAUGAUUCGGCAGACUCGGCCGUAUCGGAUCUCGACGACGAAGACGAGGAUGAGGAUGUGUUCAACGAUCCGCUAAACAACGACCCCAAAGCAUCGCAAGUGUCGGCCGCCGUCCGGAAACACCGACUUGAAAAUACCGAACAUUCGAAUCCGAACUCCUACUCGUGGUGCAUUAUGCGUUUCGCCUUAAUACGCGUGGCGCAGAACCAACUGCAAUCGUUCAUUGCAAUCGCCGGCAUCGAAAUGCAAGAACUUCCUGUGAGCAGUCCGUUGGUACAUGGCAUAUUGAGAUCGUUGUCAUCAUGGCAAGAUCUGCUAAAAGAGGAGCUAGAAAAUCGGGGACCUGCUUCAGUUGAUUACAUUCCAGGCUGCUUCAUUGAAUCCGAAGCGAAGGGUCCAGCCAUUCACAAGUAUCGCUCGUUGCUGGAACGUUCCAACACGCCGUUCAGCCCUUGCUUAGCCGCAUCAGCGCCCGCUAGACGGCUAUGGAACUAUUUAGUGCGCAUUGAAUCCGUACAAGAAAUCUUUAUACGGGCUGUGUUCGGCAAGAAGAAAUCCUCCUCCAGUGCGUUCGACCCUGGAACCGGACUAGGAUCCGCAUCCGCUUCGGUCGUUGACUCCGGAACGCCCGUCGGUAAUGAAAACAAUGGAAGCUUGGCGCACCAUCAGCAGCACAAUCAAAACAUUCCAGAACCGGUGCGAAUCAUACACAAAGACCAGGAGCAGAUAUCAGCCUUCUGUCUUAAUAUGGUAAAUCCUGGCCUGCUCGCACUAGCCACUCCCAGAGAGGUGCAGGAAAUGGAUAUAUCGUUGCUGCUCGAGUCGCCCAACUGGAUGGAGGAUGAGUGUGAGAUGGACAUCAUGAAUUUGUCCAAGGACAUCGAAUCCCUCGCUUCGAGCAAUUUUCUCGUCAUACACACGUCAACGGAUAAGCAUCUGCUUAAUCAAAACAUAAGCAGCGCUCAAAACUAUGGUGCACCUUCUAGUCCCCAACCUGGCAUUGCUGGACAAUCAGGCCGCGGAGCUUCAGUGAUCAAAGGUGCUACAUUCCCCGGUAGUCAGUGUCCACGGUUCUGCAAGUUGGUUAUCGAUCGUUCUAAACAUUUAUUGAAACCGGUGCUGAAACAUAAAGUGGAUAACAUAAAGCGGAUGUGUGCCCAUCCGCUAAUGCCGCUGUACCUUACAGGCGGACAGGACGGUUCGGUGCAGAUGUGGGAAUGGGGUCAUCAACAGGUCGUCUGUACGCCACGCUCUCCGGGAACGUUUGCAAAGGUCACACGCUGCCGGUUUUCGCAGCAUGGUAAUAAAUUUGGCAUCGCUGAUGGUGAUGGUAAUCUUAGCCUCUGGCAAGUGGGCCUCGCAAGCCAAAACAAUCGCCCGUUCUUCACGUACCAAUGCCAUAACAAAGGAAUCACAGAUUUCGUAUUUCUCGGAUCAUGCAGUCUAGUGGCAACAGCUGGGCAUAGCUCCGAAAGCAAAAACGUAGCGAUAUGGGAUACACUUUUACCACAAAAGAAGGCUUUGGUAGCGGCCUUUACGUGUCAUGAUCAGGGUGCUUCUAGUCUAGCGUAUGCACCACAGCAUCAGCUUCUUAUUUCAGCCGGUAAAAAAGGUGAUGUGAGCAUUUUUGAUGUUCGUCAACGUAUUCUGAGACAUCGGUUCCAGGCCCACGAACAUCCAAUCAAAUGCUUAGCGAUUGAUCCGAACGAAGAGCAGUUUGUAACCGGCUCGGCUGAUGGUGAUAUUAAGGUUUGGGGCCUGUCAAUACAUACCCAGCUGUACAGUUUCAUGGGCGAGCAUGCUCGGAGCAGCUUUUUCAAGCACAUCGGGCAAGGCGUUACUCAGCUGCAGAUAGACCAAGGAGGCCGACUAUUUUCCUGCGGUGCUGAUGGUUCAAUGAAAGUCCGGCAGCUACCUGAUCGCGAAUCGAUCGUUCAUUCGCUGUACUAAGAAUGCUUAGACAAAUUCGUUAAUCGACACCACCACCACCACCACCAUUCUGAAAGACCCACGCCGUAAUGGCGCACGCAUAACAAAAAGAUUGCAAAGAAAAACAGGAAUAGAAACGAAACAAACUUUAAGUAGACAUGUUGUAGAAAUCAUUAUUACAAGUAUUAACGGAAUGAAAUAGAAUGACAAUGUUGAAGGUGGCAGGGGGGGGGGGGGAGGGAAGCAGAACUAGAUGAAAUGAAUGUUUGUUUUGUGACCCGUUUGAACCAAAACCAAUAAUUUGGGCUGUUGACAUGUAUCAAUGAGUAAUCGCAAACCACCUCAGAGUAAAGAUAUAGGGCAGGAUUAUUUAAUGUUGUUUUAUUCCAAAAACUUUGAAUAUGAUUUAGCUUCACAUCAUAUUAAGAUUCGUAUAGUUUUGCUCAUCGUUAAACAUAACCAAUUUGAUGUACGUUGAGCAUUGACGUUGUAAACCCCAUCUCGCUUAGAAAGUAUAAACCGGCAGGCGAUGAACGAUGAAGAAUGUGACUGACAUUAACGGGAGAGGAAGUGUGUUAUUGAUGGAAGAAUACUAUAGAUCACAUUCAUACGACUCGUAUAAAGUUUAAACCGCGUCCCUGCUAAUUGAGCGAACGUAUUCGUAACGAUGUGAGAGUGAAUCGGGGAGAAAAAUGAUGAUUACUAGGAAGAAGAUGAAGCAUAAUAGAACAUAAUAAAUCUAGGAAUGCAACACACCGCAGACAAUACCCAUAUUGAGAUGCUUAACGAUAGGAUAACGUCAUACCAAAAAUAAAACAAACAACAAAACAACAAAAAAACACGGAUCCAUAUUAAAUUAAAUUAAACGGCAGUCCGCAUACAAUAUAAUCAAACAAAUAGGGAAGGAGCUAAAAGAGCAGAAUGCUUCGGAAAUUCAAAGCGAUGUAACUAAUGUGUGUGUAGCAAAGUUAACUGAACUGAAGGCAGUAAGCAGUUAGGAAUCCUUUUCGAGAGGAGACAAAACAAACACACACACAUGGAACGUAACGUCACACGAUCUUCGUGUGCUACUUAGAUACGAUUGUGUUGCUAUUGCAAAGAUGAGAUAGAGCAAUGAAAUUGAAUUAUAUAUGAAAUGCAAAGGGUGGUAUGUUAACUGGUUAAGCUGAAUACUUAGCACCGAUAAUCGACUAGUAUUUAGCAAUUAGUUGCGAAUUCCUUCGAGUAUUGUGUUAAUGCUCAUUAUUCCUGCUGAUUGGUUUUUAUCGUUUUAUUGUAAAAUGCUUUCUUGUAUAUCUCCAGUUGCCUGCCGCCGCUGUUGUUUUCAAUUCGGGAAAGUAAUUGCUGUUUUAAAAUAAUUAUUUUCUGUUUCAAAAAUUCUUACAAACAUAUUUCUGCCGUUGAGCGAACGCUUUGAUAUUUCAUUUAUAUAGUAUAAGCUACAGCAAUUCAACGAUUCAAAUGUUUCAAUGGUCGUGUUAAAAACACAUACGUGCGUUAACACUCAAACCAAUAACUGUUUCAAACCGAUGCUCCAAUUGAACUUUAACAAACACAGGUUAUAUAAUGCCGCAAGCAGUCGCGGAAGGUUUAUUGUUAAACAUACAUACAUACACACACACACACACACACUCUAUUGUUACUCUUUAUCUAUCCUAAAACCAAACAAAAAUUAAAUGUAACACAUGGAAAAGACAAAAUUACAACACGGUCCGGCAUCACAACCGGCAAAAGUUUCAAUCGAUACAACAUAAAAAGGUGAAAUAAAACAACAUAUACACGGUGCAAUAUACACGUAACUCGGAUCCUAGUAAUGUUUCUCUAAGCAUAAAUGUACGAAAGCAGAACAUUUAGGAAAUUUGUUUUACCGUUAAAAUUAUUCCGUCAGUAAACGCAAACAACGCCACAUAACCGACCGACACACCAAUAUGAUUGAAUAGUAUUGAGCAGAUUAUGCUAAAUGAUAUUGUAAGAUACAUGAUGAAACCGCGAGUUAGAAAGUUCUUGCGAUCUUGCGUAUUUCAGUUUUGUUUAUAUCUUUUACCUGUUUACAAACAUUUUUUUUACAAACACGUUAAGCUCGUAUGCUGCUCACGGGUUUUCCUUCUAUUCCUGAGUUUCUUAUAACCACGUGCAAUCAAUAUAAUCACUUUCUACUAUUUUCAUUUAUUCCCUCUUCCCUAGAAGCAAUGCUAUAUUGUAGAGACUAAUGCUAAUAAUAUAAUCUUCUAUGUUAGCCACAUACGUAGUGCAUGAAACAUUUCAUAAGAUACCGUUAUAUUUUAGACUAUGGGUUUCGUUUGUUUUGUUUUACAAUAUUGAUUAAUUGAUUUGCCUUUGGAUUUAUUUAUUUAAUUUGUCAAUAAAUGUUAUAUUAUGUGCAAGCUUAA